AUGAAAAUGGAUGGUCGUCUAGCAGAUGACAACUUUGUCGAGGAUGUCAAAGAAGACUUAAAAUGUUUUACAGCCGAAGGAAGAGUUGACAGUGUGCUAGUAUUCCCUCCAGUGAGCAACUACCGGCGGUUUCUUAUCCACCGAUGCGUUGAACAGCUGUGCCGGCCAGACCUCGCCACCUUCUCGAUAGGAGUCCGUGACGAACGCCGGACUGUUGUUUGCUAUAGGGAGAAGAUACUGAGUGAUGAAGCUUGCGCACGACCAGUAAUGGGGCUGACUCAGGAACGCGAUGAUGCCUCAUUUUCAGAAACAGCCGCAGCGGUGGGAGGUUGCAAACCGGCGCAGGCGUCGCGCCGCACGCAGCCUCAGGAAAAGAUCAGUGAUGUAGUGCACAUUUGGAGGGCUAAGAGUGUUUCCACAUCUGGUUCAACCAAACCUCGGCGGCCAGAUCGUGCGGUGUACGUCCCGCGAGCGCUUCGCACCGCUGAAAACAACACCUCAGAGGAAAAUAAAGAUACUAAUAAACGAACUAGUCAGAGCGUUGAAGGACCAAAGUGCCCAAAGUCACCUGCACCCAGAGACAAGUCCGCACAUGCAACCCCAAGGAAAUCUAUAGACAAAAACUACUGCAACGUCUACACACCACCUCAUCUCAGGAAUCAAAGAUCUCAAACGGCCCCAAGCAUAGACACAGACGACACAGCAACAUCCAGCGAUAUAAAAGAAUCCGUGCCUUCAGGCUUCCAAGUGCCAAAUAGUGAUAGUGCAAUAUCUUUUAGUGAUAAUAGUUCUAACGAAGUAGAAGUAGGUGAGAAUUUUUAUAUAGGAGAUUAUUUCGUGAACGGACAACUUGGCUUCUACAGUCCCGGGUAUUAUAGUGACUACGCGGAAAGCCGGGAAAACGUUGAGGACCCAGAUUGGAGGACCAAUGAGUCCGACGAUAACAUGGCCGUAAGCGAAGCAAAUCAAAGCAAUAAUAUUAUAGAAAACGAUUAUUUAUAUGUUAAAGAUGAGGAUGACGUAGAGAAGAAUGAGUUGAAAAGGGCAUCUCUAGAGAUUAAUAGGAGUAGUAAGAGAAUUAUCAAGCAGAGUUUUCAUUCUGAUGUCCUAGUGAUAUCAGAUCCAGUCGAAACAAAAGAGGAAGUACCUGACGAGCCUAUUGCCGAAACGAAAGAACCUGAAGCGAAAAAGUUGAAACCUAAAUUGGAGGCUAAAGUAUCUCUGAAACGAGAGGAGAAUGACUGGGAUGCUGUUUUUGACGAUAGUGGGGAAUGUCUGGACCCCUCGCUACUUGAAGAGCUUACUACUACAGUUGGCAAAGUACAUAUAAGCAAGCCGAAGAAUAAUUAUGAUCAAUACCAGACGAAAGGGCAAGCGUUGUUCAAUGGACCGUACGAUGAAACUUUCGCGCAUGUAGUUGAAGUGUACGACUUUCCGAGUGAGUUCAAAACGAACGAUUUGUUUUCGUUGUUCAGUGAAUACAAAGACACAGGUUUUGAAAUUAAGUGGGUGGAUGAUACGCAUGCGUUGAUCGUGUUUAGCAGCGCCAAGAUUGCUGCCGAGGUCUUGUCAGCGCAGCGUCCUUUGGUCCGAUGUAGGCCUCUGCACGCCGCCACUUUAGAAUCCCGUAACAAAGCGAAAAAGUGCGCUGAAUUCCUACAACCUUACAGACAACGACCAGAGACGUGCACAGCACUCGCACGGCGACUUGUGUCUGGUGCUUUGGGAGUGAAACUGAGCACCAGCAGCCAGGAACGUGCGGAGGAAAGAAGACUACUGACACUUGCCAGAGAAAAAAAGCGUCAGGCAGCUUUACACAAGGAGGCAGCGUGGGACGGCUCUCUUGCCAACCAAUCAGUUGCCGACACGUGA